UUAGUUCUUUAGUGACUUUCGUGCUGUGCGUGUAUAAUAGUAUAGAACAGUGAAAAAUGACUGGUCGUGGUAAAGGAGGCAAAGGCUUGGGAAAGGGUGGCGCCAAGCGUCAUCGCAAAGUGCUGCGUGAUAACAUCCAAGGUAUCACGAAGCCUGCUAUCCGCCGUUUGGCCCGUCGAGGCGGUGUGAAGCGCAUAUCUGGACUCAUAUACGAGGAAACGCGUGGCGUUCUGAAGGUUUUCUUGGAGAACGUAAUUCGUGAUGCCGUGACCUACACGGAACACGCCAAGAGGAAGACAGUUACAGCCAUGGAUGUUGUGUACGCUCUGAAGAGGCAAGGCCGCACCCUCUACGGAUUUGGCGGUUAAAAAGUGUACAUCCUGUGUACCCCUAUUAAGCAAUCGGUCCUUUUC